AUGACUGCAAACAAACCACUUGAAGAUGCUGUCAUCAUUGGUAUAGAUUUUGGAACUACGUACUCGGGCGUGGCCUGGGCAUACUCACGCGAACCUGAGGAGAUCGAAAUCGUGACUAGCUGGGAAUCUGAACUUAAUCAUUGUUCCGACGUGGAGAAAGCACCUACCCAGAUUCACUAUGGUCACAAUAGCCGGGAUAUCAAAUGGGGAUAUGGCAUUUCCCCCGAACAUGAACCCUUGAAAUGGUUCAAGCUUUUGCUCCUUGAACCCAAAGACAUCCCUCAAGGCGCUGCUAACUCUACCCAGCUCAAGGAGGCACGUCAUCUACAGAGCAAGGUCGGAAAGGAACCCGUAGAAAUCGUGGCAUGCUUCCUUCGAAAGAUCUGGGAUCAUUCCGUCGAGUCCAUCAGACGCGCUAUUGGGGAUGGUGUUAUGAAACGAUCCAAAUUCCAGGUCGUCAUCACUUUGCCGGCGAUUUGGUCCCCCUAUGCUCAACAACGAAUGAAAAUGGCAGCCAAGCAGGCAGGUAUUCUGGACCCACGCCUUGCUGGCUCUACUACUCUCCGCUUCGUCUCUGAACCAGAAGCUGCAGCACUCGCCACCAUCAAAGAUCUCUCCAAGCGCUCGAGCAUCAAAGCUGGUGACACCAUUGUUGUCUGCGAUGCAGGAGGUGGCACGGUUGACCUCAUUAGCUACAUUUUUCAAUCAACUGAUCCAUUCGUUGUCAAAGAAUGUGUCAAAGGCGAUGGUGACCUCUGCGGAGGAGUUUUUCUUGACGAGGCCUUCAUCAGAUUUGUCAAGAGGAAGAGUCCCAAGGGUACAUGGUGGCCUGUCACUAAGACCGAAGAGAGGAAGUUCCUUAAUGACGAGUGGGAGCAUGGUAUCAAACCUCAAUUCGAGAAUCAGAAGCGGAGCUGGUCGCUCGCUCUCCCUGAUACUUGUGUCAACCCUUCCAGUCAAGGCUUGAUGCGCCGUAUGACACUCGAUCUCACCUCCCAGGAUCUUUUUUCAGUGUUCUCAUCGAUCGUUGACAAGAUUGAGGUCCUCGUCAGACACCAGGUCGACGCAAUCCAGAGCAAAUACCAUGAAAAGCCCAAGUACAUCAUCCUUGUUGGUGGUUUCGGUCGCAGUCGCUUCCUUUUCAAUCAUCUUCAGGAACGAUUUGGGCGCAUCGUCUUGCAGUCCCGUGGAAACAAGCCUUGGACUGCCAUCUGCCGUGGCGCGGUCGUGCAGGGCCUCGUCCGACAUAACCCCUCCACUAAUCUGGGUGUCGAUGUUGAGACACGGGUCGCUCGAAUGAGCUAUGGUAUCAUGUACAGUAGUCCAUUCAUCGAGGGAUACCACAACGAGGCAGACAAGACGUGGUCCCACGUAAAUCAAAACUAUCGAGUCAACAGGCAAAUGGCAUGGUUUUUGAGAGUGGGCGAGGAUAUUUUAGAGAAGAGAUCCGUUUCACACUCUUACGUCCGAUAUUUCGAAGUCCCAUCUUUUCAAGGCCAUGAGAAGAUUUACUGCUCAACAUCCCGUGCACCUCCUGUACGGUAUGGCGACUCGGAUGACAUUCACCACCUUUGCGCGAUGAAAUGGGACAAAAUUGUCGAUGUCGACACACUUCCGAAGUGGACCAACCCCGUCGGUGUUGCAUACCCACGAUUAGACUACCACAUCAAGAUGGAUUGUGAAGAUGGCACUGUGAACUUCUCACUCCAUUAUCAAGGAUCCAAAGUCGGCGAGGAAGAAGUUGAAGUUCAGUUCAACUGA